UAAGGAUAGAUUGAUCAAAACAUACUUCCUCUCUGCGAUGAAGAACAGUCCAGUAUCUAAAAUUGUAAUGAACUCGACUUAUAUCGAUUAUUACAACCACACUGACUUCACUCACCUGAAAAAUCUCUCUGUCCUCAGUUUACGUACGUGUUGGAUAAAAGAGAUGGAUUUUUCACCGAUUCCAAAACCGAAACCGAUUCCGACCUUAACGGAGUUGGUUUUAUCAGACAAUGCUUUGGUCAGUUUUCCCAAGUUCUGUGCCGAUAAUAACGCGAUGUUUCCUAAUUUGACACGUCUGUACAUGGAUGACAAUUUUAUUCGAUUUAUGCCACGACUGGGUCUAGAUUGUAUGAAGUUUCUUCACAUCUUUUCUAUUUCUGGUAACCCAUUACACGAAUUGGGGGAAAAUACAUUUUCCAGACUCCCCAAUUUGCACACCAUUUUCAUCAGCGACAAUUCAGGAUCAUCAUUUCGGAUCAGGGAUCACGCCUUUAAUAGUUCCAGCCUCAUUAAUCUUUAUUUAAAGGGCAAUGCCGAACACGUGCAUCACUUGUAUGUAGGGGCAUUAAAUAGUUGCGCAAACCUAGAAAAAUUGGAACUAUCCAAUAGCCACCUUUACUCAAAAUCAGACGAAUACUUCGACGAACUCUUUGCAACAUUGACCAAAUUAAAAGUUCUAAAUCUUUCUGAUACCGGUAUUGGAUCAUUACCUCCUGUUAUUCCAAGAAUAAUGCCGAAGCUGGAGUCUCUUGAUGUAAGUUACAAUUAUAUUUCAUGGUGGACAAACGAUUAUUUUAGAAACUUAACGUCGCUGCGAAUAUUAAACUUGACGUCUAAUCAAAUUGCGACAAUUAACAAACAUUCGUUUUCUUAUGAAACACUACAAGGUUUAUCAUGGCUUGACUUAUCAUACAAUCCUUAUUCUUGUUCCUGUGCGAAUUUACUCUGGUUUGCGCGAUUACUGAAGAUCAAGAGCUUUGCUGAAAAGCUUCACAAGUUCCCGAAUAAAUAUACAUGUUCAACUCCUAGUGAUUGGCGGGGCAUGAGGAUUAUUGAUACACCUAUAAGUAAUCGCUUUUGUUUGUUAACCCCCGUUAUAAGUUUGAUAAUAACAUCAGUAUCGAUAGGAGUACUUCUUUUAAUACUUGCGAUAUCUCUAGUUUACAGAUAUCGUUGGCACCUUCGGUACUUCGUCUACAUACUCCGAUACCACCACAUCAGGCUCCAAAGAUUCGCCACUGAAGGACGGAGCUAUCGGUACGAUAUCUAUUUAAGCUGUAGUGAAGACGAUGUAGAUUUUAUUUUGGAAAAUAUUUUACCAAGACUAGAACACGAGUUGAAUCUCCACGUCUUUCUCCCACAGAGAGAUGGGAUUGGAAAUAAAAUAGACAGUAUAAUCGAGAAUAUGGAUGCUAGCAGGAGAUUCAUCUUGUGCAUGUCGGAUACUUUCGCUGUUGAUCAUUACUGUGAGUUCGAAGCAAGUGUAGCUUAUGAACGAAUCUUAAGUGAAAGACGAGAUUUAAUGAUUGUGAUUUUGUUAGAGGAACUGGGAAUUGUUAAUAUUACUAAGACCGUUCAUAGAAUCUUAAAGGAUGAUGACUAUAUAAAAUGGGGAUGGAGUGAGGAAAGUAUUGAUUUAUUUUGGCUGAAGUUAAUUCAACAUCUAAACUCUUCUGAUGAACCUAGACCUUAGAUUGUAGCUUAAUUAAGGUGGUGGUGCCCCGUCUCAUGCGUCGAUCACUUUGUAGCGAGCAGCUCUUAUGAAUAACAGAUAUUUUCUUUUCUGGACAGUCGAAGGAUACAGGACAAAUGACGCAGUUAUAUUUGUGGACAACUGACACAGUUAUAUUUGUGGACAAUUGACACAGUUAUAUUUGUGGACAAUUGACACUGUUAUAUUUGUGGACAAUUGAUACUGUUAUAAUUUUGCAAGAAACCCACGCUAUUUGUUACACAGUUUUAGUAUGCUUGAUGUAUAUUGUGUUAAGCUUGUAGCUUAAUUAAGGUAGGGGCCUGAGGGUGCCCCGUCUCAUGCGUCACUUUGUAGCGAGCAGCUCUUAUGAAAAAAAGAAAUAUUUUCUUUUGUGGACAGUCGUUCUGUACAGGACAAUUGGCAGUUAUAUUUGUGCACGAAACCCAGCAUUAGGGGUCUUUAGCAGUUGGAGGAAACUGAAGGGCCCGGAGAAGACCCACGAGGUUGGACAGGCGACCAAACUCAUUGUCACGUACAACCGGGGAAUCGAAACCUCGCCAGAUGAAUCAAUGAUAGACCUUAUGUCACAGAUCGCACGCGCUAACCAUUCGUUCAUCUAACCUCUCUAAAUGGUUUGAUGUUUCGAUUUCAAUAUCUGAUGUUACACGACAAAAAAAAACUAACUCAUCUCUACAAUAUGGAUCAGACAAAACACGUCUAAAUAUGAAAGUACCCUAGCAAUUGUUGUUAGCUGUUAGCAAUAUAACUAUCAUCCUGCACUAAGAUUAAAUUUCAAUUUCGUUU